AUGCCUGAUUUCCUUGGCGAUGGUUGUGGAGAUCGGAUAUUGACAGCUGCAUCUCCCUGGCUGCGAUCCAACAAUGGCUGCGAGGUGAGAAAAAGUGCCAAUGGCUGGUCACUGGUCGCCACAAAGCAUUUUGGUCAGGGAGAUGUGGUCUUGGAAGAAUGCCCGGUGAUGCGCGGCCCCUCAACGUUUCCAUGGAAUACGCCCGAGGAGCUCAAGAAAAGCUUGGAAGGUCAAGACCGUUGUGUGCGUGUGUCAGAAUGGAUGUUUGCAUCGCACGUCGCCUUCCCAACUCACUCAGAGGACUUAUGGAUCGAUGUGGAUUUCCUCACAAAUGAAUUGGCCAUGUUUGCUCCCUUAGAUAGCCAUGCAGCGGAUUCAUACCGCGCAGAACUAGCGAAGAUUAUGGCUCCAUCACAGCUAAGUGAGACUUUGUUGCGAGGCCUGUUAAUGGGAAAGUUUUCCUCCUUUCCUUACGGUGAUGGCAGCGAUGGCCGAUGUUUGUUUGGUCUUCUCAGCAAGCUCAACCACUCCUGCUAUCCCAACACUGUUUGCCUUUGGCCUGGUCCUGUGAGCGCGCCCAGCGCCCAGCUACGCGCGGUCACUCGGAUCCAGGCAGGGGAGGAGCUGACCUUUUCCUACCUCGGCAAUGACUUUCCACUGCGAGUGCGUUCCACGGAGAAGCGGCGCGAGAGGCUUUUUCGAGGCUUCGAAUUCAACUGCUGUUGUGAGCUGUGUGAAGCCAAAGAACCAAAGACUACUGGACAGCUUUGCAAGCGUGCCCUGGCCUUUGGGAAGCCACCACCCUUUCCAAAGUCGAAGAAAGAAGUUGUUGGUGGAGGUCCGCCGAGCCAGGUCGACAACCUGCCGUGGAGGGUCUUGCUACGACUUACUCAGGUGUUGCAGUGCUGUUGGAUCUUCCUCGGCAUUGCGGAGGGGCUUUGCAAUUGGUUUCCGGCCACCUUCGGUGUGGACAUCUUCCGAUCCAAGUGGGGCACCCGUGCUCCGAUCAUUGAGGGAGGGGAGCAUGCAGCCGAAGGGGAGCAUGCGGCUGAAGGGGAGCAUGCGGCUGAGGGGGAGCAUGCGGCUAAAGGGGAGCCUGCGGCUUCAGAACAAAAUGCUCUGGACAUGGAGCAUGCGCUGACGCACGCGGAAGAGCCUGUUGAACAUGUGGGACUUGCAGAUGUCCCUGCUGUGGCAAUGGCUUUUGCUGCGGCCUUGUUUCUGCUGCCCUUGGCCAGUGGAUAUUGCCAGCAAAAGCCGGGAGAACAACAUUCCUUCGAGUGCACUUUUGAUGGUCAAAGCGAGCCUGAUAUCAACGUACCAGACUCCUGGGUGACUGAUGAGUCCUUUCAUUUGUCCUUGCAGGUGCGGUCACAAGUUCCCCUUGGCUUUAAAAAUGAGACUGAGUGUCAGCAAAAGGAGAUCGCUGCAUUGGUGGGCUACCGUGGCAACUACGUGUCUCUCUACACACAUGGCCAAUACAGCAUGGGUGAAUGUGGUCUGGCUGGAAAGGGAGCCGUUCUCUUUUGCCUGAAGGGUGCCACUCCGGCACCCAGGAUUGAAAUCUCGUUGGAAGUGGAAUCCAACCACCCUGCCGGGAUUCGAGUAGAUGGACAGAUCCUGCCAGCUCAGAAAUGGAAGCGCAACUUCACCAUGACUUUCGGUGGCAGCUGGGGCCGCAAUGCUUUUCACAUUUUCACGAUUCCGGACAAGAGUUCCAUCGACCUUUGGCGUCUCAACAUGGACGCACGUCGGAAGACAUCCAUCUUUGAGUCCAAUGCCUCUGUACCCACCAACACUGUCUUUUUGAUCCAUGAGAGUUCACCCUGUGUGUCUGGCAUCAUGGAGGGUGGUGGUUGCUUUGACCCUGAGUUUGUCGAGACCUGUGUGAAGUCCGUGCCCAUCUCCUUCGCAUCAGACAAAAGGGAUAGGAUGAAGGUUGCAAUGUACUUGACCUUCCAGGACACUGCAGCCUUGACCCUCAGCAAGGGAUCCCGCCCCGCUCUUCAACCAGGAAAAUGGCUGGUCUUUAUUGCGUGUGGCAAUUCCUUUCUUGACCGAUGCCCUGAAACGACCGUCCAUGUCGAGUCCUUUCAGCAGUCAAAUCUCAACUGGAGAUUGACCAGUGGCGUGUUGGUGGUGGUGCUUGGAAUGCUGGGGGUUCUUUUCAUGGUGAAUGCCAUCUAUUGGUUUGCAUACUUCGUUCUUUACCGAAUCAGUGAUCCUGGCCGUGAGACUCACAAGGAGCAGCUUUGGCCAGUACUUGUCGGCAGCUGCAGCCGCGCUCAUAUGACCGGUUUGCGGGACUUGGCGAUGUUGGUCGCAAGGCCGCUUCCGUUCUUUGCCACCCUGCUGAGUCUCAUGCUGGGCGUUUUCUUGGCCACCACGGCCCAAUUUGUACUCACACACUACGGCCUCAUGGUCAAGAGUGGAAAUCGAGAUGUUUGUUUCUACAAUGAACGGUGCUACUACCCAGGUGUGAACAGUGACCUGCCUUGGAACAAUAUCAUCUCUAAUCUGGCAUAUUUUGUGGCAGGAGCCCAUGUGAUUUGUCAAGCGUUCUUCGCGGAGACUCGUUGUCGGACUUUCUCAAAGCGGGCGAUGCAAAAGCUUUUUGCUAUAAUGGACGCUGACGGAAAUGGCCAACCCAUGGGCUACUUGAACCGUGAGAAAUGGCAUGGGUUAUUCUUCAAGGCAGAUCUCAACCGCAGUGGGCGGGUCUCAAGAGUCGAGUGGAAAGAAGCAUAUGGGACUCGUUCGGCCUUUGACUUCAUUGAUCGAAAUGGCAAUGGGAUGCUGGACAUCUCAGAGUGGGACGAUGCCUUUGACCGUUUGGAUGAAGAGAACCAUGGCAGUGUCUCGGCAGAUGAUAUGAUACGAGUGGCAUUGGGACCCAGGCAGAUUGACCUGAGGGCUUUCUUUGCACUGGGAGUGGCCUUUGUGGCUGAAGGUGUGGGAAGCAUGUGCUAUCAUUUGUGUCCCUCUGUCGAGACCUUCCAAUUUGACACCUGUUUCAUGAUUCCAAUUGCUAAUGUCUUCACGCUGGUUCUUUUGGACUGGGACCUCUCGCCCAGACCAGAUACCGUGACCGCACUGAAGUAUAUUAUCUACGUGUUAAUACCCUUGUGGCUGAUCAUUUUCAUUGGGACGUGGUAUGACAUCGGGGUGUUUGCCACCUCGUUCUGGAUAUACUGGUUGUACGCCCUGCUGGUGAUUGUGUGGUCCGUCCUCGUGGACGUCACGGGCAUCCGGCGUAUCUUCCAGGCGCCCGGCCGGUGCGGUGUUGUAGCCAAGCGGACAUUGCAGAUUGUCCUUUUGCUUUCGGUGGUCGUUGCCUUCUUUGUCCCAGAUGUGCGUGUCCGGUAUCUCAGUGGCACAGCAAACUUCUUCUUAGAGAUCUCAAUCCUUGUUAUGAUUGUCAUCGUUAGCCGGCAGAUUUAUGAAGAGGACCUGCGUUUUCUUACCUGCGAGCUGCGGGAGAUGGGUGCCCGCAUCAUCAAGAAUACUCACGGCUCCUUGAUGGUAGCCGUCGCGGUCAUGGCUAUGAUAUGCUUCACCAACAAGGUGGUCAUUGUUGAGCCUGGAACUCCUCCAGCUGUGAGUCGCGAGGAUAAUCAGGACUGUGUCUUUUCGAUUUUUGAUUUGCAUGAUUUAUGGCACUUUUUGUCAGCCACGGCUUUGGCACUAUUUGCAAUGCUACUCCUUGAUGUGCGAGUGAAUUCAUGGGCUCGGAAGAUGGGCAUCGAAGUUCUCUUUGAGCGCCCCAUGUUUGAUGACGACUCUAGCGAUGACAGCUCAGCCUCAGCCUCUUUUAUCGACGAGGAGAGUAUUAGAUCACUCUCACCCUGCAGCUAG